AUGUAAUAGGUGCAAGUAAUAAAAUUUCAUUCUGCAUUUCAGAUACGAAGGAAUAUAUAUUUUUUAUAGUCUACAGGCGGAAUCAACAUGGGCGAUAAUGGCGACCCAGGCCCUUCGCGGCGAGGACGCGGAGGCAGCGGCAACAGGCGGCCGUGGCACAGGCAGCACCUGGGCAGAAUCCGGGGCGUGAGCCCGCCGGCGAAAGGGCACAACCGGUCCCCGAGUCCCGAACCCUACGGCCAUCUGAAACGGAACCAACAACGUGAUGAGCACAGCAGACGACGAAGCUUUAGCCACACGUCUCCGUCUCGAAAAAGGUUCAAAGCGGAUCCUCGGUUAAAAGAUGAAAGUCACGAUAUGGAAGAACCUUUCAAAUACCCUCGUCAACAUCCUAGAAAUUGUUCAUUUCGCUCCAAGCACAAUCUCCAGAGAAAUGAUCGCCACUAUAAUGCUGAUAGACCUAUGGGCUUUAAAAUGUUAGAGGAAAUAUCUCGAUCCGAGAGCACAACUAUCAUUGAAAAGAUUAACCAACAGAAGAAACGCUUCAUGCACCUGUUAAACACACCUGUUGACAAGAAGAAAAACGAUGUCUUCGCAUUAGUUCUUGAACUGGUGACAAACGUAUGGAACUCUUCGUUUGAGGAAUCAAAGAAACUGCUUCUUUUGGAACUAUGCAACACUAAAUUUAUCGACCACUUGCAACUGUACUUGAUGCAAUUACCGUAUACAAUGAGCCCAGAGGACAAAUUUUUUAACAAGUACUACUGGACUAGGGAAAAGGAAUUUUGGAGUCAUUUUAUCAGUUUUUGCGAGUGUCUUAUAACCGUAUCGCCGUCGACGGCGGUGCAAAAGUGCCGCGCGCUGAUCGAGGCUACGAGCAAGAGUUGUCUGGAGGGAUUGAAGGAGAAGCAAGGGUUUGAGCUGCCGGAGGAAUACACGGCAAGAGUGACCAAUAUACGAGACAGCAUCAAAGUCUGCAAUGAGGGGGAAAAACAAGUACAAAAGAGACGGAAAACAAAUGAAAAUGAUCAGCCACCGGAAAGCUUCCGUGAGCUUAGCGUGCUGCCCUCGGGCGCGGAGCUGCUGGAGCGGCGGCCGUUCCUGCGGCCCAACGUGGUGGAGGGCGCGUACGCGGACGUGGAGCACUACCUGGACGUGCAGUUCCGCCUGCUGCGCGAGGACUGCUUCGGACCGCUCAGAGAAGGGAUACACCAAUAUAUUGAAGAACCGAAGAAACGAAAAUACGAUCACAUACGUGUGUACCGAAACGUGAAAUUUUUGGAACCCUACGUUUCCAAUCAGAAAGUUGGUUCUAUCGUAUUGCUUGACGAGGGCAUUAUGAAGAUGAUAAAUAAAGUGAACUGGGCGCACAGCAAACGGUUCCUGUUUGGGUCCCUCGUGUUGUUUACCAAAGACCACUGCAAGAGCUUUCUCGUCGGCACUAUCUUGGAACGCGAUGAAAAAUUCCUGCGCAAGAGACAGUUACCUGUCAAUAUUGUGAAUUUGACAAUGGAUUCCAAUAUGUACAACGACGAUGCCUAUAUCAUGAUAGAGUGCGAAGUUUACUUCGAGCCUUACUAUCACGUGCUGAAAGCUCUACAGGAUCCCAGCUUCCCGGAGCACCUGUCGAUGAGCAAAUAUAUUAUUGAUUUACAAAAAGUUCCAGAGAAACCAGCAUAUCUCACUCCGGAUACUGUUUAUAAAGUACAAACAAAACAUGAUUUCCGUAAGGUCUUUACUGUUCUUCAAGAUGAUACUUGGCCAUCGGAUGUAGAGCUAGGGUUAAACAGCACCCAAUACGAAGCCUACAAACUGGCUCUCACCCACGAGUACGCCGUGAUUCAGGGCCCGCCGGGCACCGGUAAAACGUUUCUCGGAGUCAAAGUCGCGGAAACCCUGCUUAGAAACGCGCCAUUCCCUAAAGACAAAUGUUGCAUGCUUGUCAUAUGCUACACGAAUCAUGCCCUUGAUCAAUUUUUAGAAGCUCUGUUGCCGCUCACUCAUUCUUUAGCCCGCAUCGGGGGCAGGUCACGCAACGAAACGUUACACCAAUUUAAUAUAAAUAGCUUACGAAGCACGCAAAUUAACAGCGGUUAUUACCAUGAACGGAGAAUCGACUUAAAAAUGCAAAUUAAUGCAUUAGAAUACGAAAAAUCCCGAGCUGAUGAGUUGUACUCGGAAGUGUUAAGCUAUAAAACUGUGGCAGCAUACAACGAAGAGUGUAAAAUCCUUGAGAUCUUUUAUAGGGGAAGUGGUAUUAAAGACACUUUGAAACAUUGGCUUUUUGAAGAAGUAGAUGAUAUUGAUAUAGAACAAGCAUUAUUAGAACAAGAAAUUGGCAAUGUAGUUCCCGAGGAACAAUACGCAAGCGUGGACGCUGACAUAGACACCGACUACGACAUAUUUGGCAGAGAUGAACUCUUUUUUGAUGAUUUAGACUAUGUAGAGGAAGGUGAAAUUCGAAAAGAUGAUGAGAUACGAAAGGAUGAUGAUGUUAUUCGAAGAGAUGAAAAUCGAAAAGAAUUUAUUAACAUUACCACAUCUUUCUCGCUGCCUGAUAACGAGAGAGAAAUCAAAACGCUCAUUAGAAAGUAUCAAGAUCUACAAAACCAAGGAUGCCCACGUCAUGUAUUAAGAGAGUUAGACGAAGAAAUAUGUCAUCUGCAUUCGGAAGUAAAACGUUUUAAAGAUAUGCUGGUAUACCAUUCUCGAACUCCAAGAUUUCCUAUCACCGAGGAACAAGAUUUAACCUCCGUUCCCCUUGUAGAACGUUGGGCAUUAUACUUUAAAUGGGCAGACGUAGUUAUGGAUGAUGUAAAGAAAAAGAUUAAAACAAAAGAGGUGAAUUUGCAAUCUUCAGCAGUGGCGUACGAAGAGGCUAGGAUGAUGGUCGACCUGGCAGUAUUAAAGAAAACCAGAGUCGUUGGAAUGACCACCAGUGGGGCAGCGAGACUCCGAAAGUUGCUGGUAGCAAUAGCUCCACCAAUAGUUGUGGUAGAGGAGGCCGCUGAAGUACUGGAAUCGCAUAUAGUGACGUCUCUCACGAAAAGUUGUCAACAUUUGAUUCUCAUUGGAGAUCACCAGCAGCUGCGGCCGUCGGCGGCGUACCUGCGGCUGGCGCGGCACUACCAGCUCGAAGUGUCGCUGUUCGAGCGCAUGAUCCGCAACGGCGUGCACAGCCGCCGGCUCGGCGUGCAGCAUCGCAUGCGACCCGAGAUCGCCGCGCUCGUGUCGCCCAUCAUCUACUCCGACUUGCAGAACCACCGCUCCGUCGAGGACUUCCCGCCCGUGCGCGGCGUCGCGCACAAUCUCUUCUUCUUUUCGCACGACUACAGGGAACAGAGCGAAGACGACAGCUCAAGUCGUACAAACAGCCAGGAAGCAGACUUGGUGCUCCGUCUGGCAAACUACUUGAUGCAACAAGACUACGCUCCCGAAGAAGUCACCAUUCUCGCCGCCUACUCAGGCCAGAUGUUCUACAUGCGAAAACAACGGCCGUACUACGCAAAUCUCUCAAACGUGAAGAUCACAGUCUUGGACAACUACCAGGGCGAGGAGUCGAAGAUAAUCCUGCUUUCGCUGGUGCGCAACAAUGACAACGAUAGCAUCGGCUUCCUGGGCACCGAGAACAGGAUCUGCGUCGCCUUGUCCAGGGCCAGAGAAGGCUUAUUCAUAUUUGGAAACAUCGAACUGCUCAAAGGAAAAUCGGUUCUGUGGACCAAUAUUGCUACGACAUUGGAGAGUAAUGGAUCUCUAGGAACAACUUUGAGACUGAGAUGUGAAAACCACAGUGAAGAAAUCACAAUGAUUACAUCAGUGGAUGACUUCAAUAAAGUUCCCGAAGGCGGCUGUCUACUGAACUGCAAAUACAACCUACCGUGCGGGCAUCCCUGCCCACGCAUCUGCCACACGUAUGACCUGGUUCAUGAAAUUAUACAAUGCACAAAAACAUGUGAAAGGAAAAUCUGCGAAAGAGAAGAUCACAAGUGCCCUUUUAAGUGUGCUAAAAAAUGUCAGCCGUGCCAGCAACUUGUCAAUAAAGCGCUUCCAUGUGGACACAAUAUGACUUUGAAGUGCUUCAUGGACCCUAGCGAUCCUUACAUCCGGUGCUUGGAGUCUGUUACUGUCACUUUGCCAGACUGUGGUCAUGAGUUUGUUGGAGAGUGUUACAUGAUGAUAUCUGACGUGAGGUGCCAGGAAAAGUGCACUAAUCGACUCAAUUGCGGUCACGUUUGCCUCAGAAAAUGUCACGUAAAUAAUGACCCGGACCACGAGCGCUACAUAUGCAGGAAGCCGUGUCCAAAAGUGAAGGAAGGUUGCACGGCUAAUUUGGAUGGUGAUUUCGGUGAACAUAAGUGCCCCCGUUUAUGCUGGGAAGAAUGUGUCCAGUGCUACGUCCGGAUUGUGAAAAAAAGGUCUGAUUGUGGUCACUUGAAGAAAGUUCCGUGCUGCAAGGACGUAAAUGCAGAUCCUUGCCGGGAGAAGUGCUCGCGCUCGCUGCCCUGCGGCCACCACUGCAAGAAUCUGUGCUUCGAGAAAUGUGGGGAUUGCAAGGAAAUGGUGACGAAGACGAUACCUAGUUGUAACCAUGAAAUAAAAAUCGAGUGCGAAAAAGAGCCUACUCCAGAUCACCAGUCAAAAUGUACCAAAAUUACAGACGACAAUUACGAGGCACCCUGCGGCCACAAGGUCCGGCUUCCCUGCAACGUGCAUCAUGCCGUCCAAACUGGGACUGCGUCGGUAGCAAAAAUUCUUUCAUACUGCAAAGCACCGUGCGGUGCCCUGCUCCGCUGUGGCCACGUAUGCGGCGGUUCGUGCGCCGGCUGCCGCCAGGGCCGCCUGCACCAGCCCUGCGCCGCGCGCUGCCACCAGCUCAACAUCUGCGGGCACAGAUGCGAGGAGUCGUGCAACCAGGUUUGUCCGCCGUGCCGCCGGAGCUGCGCGGUCAGGUGUCCGCAUUCAACAUGCGGCAGGCCGUGUGGCGCACCUUGCACGCCUUGCACAGAGACUCCGUGCGGUCGCUCGUGCGAGCAUUCGUCGUGCAAGCGCACUUGCGGCGCGCCGUGUGACCGAGCGCCGUGCUCGGUCGCGUGUCCGCUCUCGCUGGCGUGCGGCCACCCGUGCCGCGGGCUCUGCGGCGAGCCCUGCCCGCCGGCCUGCCGCCUCUGCGACCCCGAGGGCUUCCCCACCGACCUGCUUGGCGAUCCCUACGAAGAUGACGCUAAGUUAAUCCAGCUACAGGAUUGUCCCCACAUGUUUGAUGUCGAUACCCUGGAUACUUUAAUGAAGUGCGAAAACGAAACCAUUCGAAUAAAAACAUGUCCAUGGUGCCGUGAACCCAUUAUCAAUACUUAUCGGUACAAAGACAUGGUAAACCAAUUGUUGAAGAAUGACAUCAAUCCAAUAAAAGAAAAAGUUUAUGGGACUGAACGGCAAAGGUCCACAAUGCUAAAGGAACUUCUUGUAAAAGUUAUACAUGUAGUAAAAAAUCAGAAGCUGGCCAUGGGAAAUAGACAUUGGGAGUCUGCAUACAAGGCAUUACGAAAUGCUGUCGGAAAAGGAAACAAGAGACUAUCAGUUCUCCAUUUGGAUAUGUAUCACACCUACUUGGAUUUACUAGACAAUGUAGGACAGUACUACACAAAAUAUAUUGCUGAGAACUUAACUGAACUUAAACCUGAAAUGCAAGGUCAGGUAAUAAUGAUCUGCAGGGUUCUCGUGGCGAGUAAACAGAAGAUAAGCCAACAACAACAAGCUGACAUCGGAAAAGAGUUGAAGCGUAUGAAUUCAAUCGUUCAGCUGGCUAAGAUUCUUGGAUUAAGCAAAAAUGCGACGAACCCGGAGGUGCUGGAAAUGACAAAAACUGCAAAAGAGGCUGUUUUAACCUGGACUGUGUAUGACGAAGAAAAAGCUGUAAAAUGUUUGAAGAAACUAGAAAAGGUUGUGGAUUUAUCGGGCAUCGCUAGCAAAGAGGAACGCGCUAUGGUUGUGCGAGCGAUAGGUUUGAAGGCGGGGCACUGGUACAAGUGUCCCAACGGGCACUUCUAUUGCAUCGGAGAGUGCGGCGGCGCCAUGCAGCUGUCGCGUUGCCCUGACUGUGGAGGGGCCAUUGGAGGCCAGCGACAUACGUUGACAGCGGGCAACCAACACGCCAGGGAGAUGGAUGGCUCUCGAUUCGCUGCGUGGUCCACGGAAGCCAAUAACAUGGCUAACUUCCAACUGGACUAGAUCGUUAAAUAUCAAUUUGUAAAGCGAUUUACAGCCAGGCGGAUUUGUGUUACCGGUUUAAACAAUCGCCAACAAUAUGUAUUGCUGGCCCUUUCUUGAUUAACUCCAAAAUACUUGCCUUAAAAAAUAUGUUACGAGUAUGAGUCGUUAAGUAUUAUCGACUGAUAUCUAUUAUUACUUUUCUCUUUAUGUAAACGUAUUUUUCUAUAUUAUUUUCCUUGUUGAUGGUAUCCGCAACUGACUUAUACCCUUAUCCCAGAUUAAUAAUGCCUAAAAGACUGGAUUUUAGCUUGUCCAUCCAUGAGGAACAAGAACAGUUAUUUUAAUACACUGUGUAAUCUUCUUCUUCUUCUUUUAAAAUUAUGGCUUCAGCCCAGUGGGACUAUUUCGCCAGUAUCAAGGUAUUAAGAGGUUUAAAAACGACAAAAAUUGUACGGUUGUACAAGACAGUGUACGGUGAUUUGUUAGCUCUUGUAAAUCGAUAGCUAGACUUUACAAGAAGCACGUGGACUACCGGCCGUUGACUCCAAGAUGGUGGUUAAACGCGCUUCAUAAUUAAUUCUCCAUUCACUGCACACUACACUGUAUAAUAAGCUAUCGAUAUUACACUUUAAACAAUAUUAAUGAGCAAAAAACAAAGUAAUUAAUCACGAUGCUAACUAUCAAGAUGGCGCUCGAACCGGAAGUCCCUGUGUAAUCUUAAGAUAUAGUGUUUAGAUCAGACGACAUAAGAAGUUUACUAUGUCAAAUAUGUUAUUACUUUAAAGAUUGAAUAAAUAUGUUUUCUUUAUAAUACCUACCUAGCUUUUAUAGACUACAGCAAAGCUUUCGACUCUUUGCUCCACAACUAUAUAUGGGAAGCGCUGAAAAUGCAAAACGUCCAGAAUAAAUACAUAAGAAUAAUCAGCAAUAUAUACUUCUGCAUAACAGCUAAAAUAAAACUAGAAACAGUAGGUGAGGAAUUCAAACUGAAGAAAGGAGUGAGACAAGGAGAGCCACUAUC